AUGGAACUGUUUCUGAGAACUGAAAGCUUCACUAUGCGUUGUGGCGUUGUUGUUGUUAUCUUGUUCUUUAACGCGUUUUUAGUAUGCUGUGUGAGUGGAAUCGGCGUAAACUGGGGUACUCAAUGUACGCAUCUUUUGUCACCUACUACGGUGGUGAGAAUGCUGAAAGAUAACGGGAUUCAGAAGGUGAAGUUGUUUGAUGCUGAUCCGAAUAUCUUAGACGCGCUUAAGAAAUCUGGUAUUCAGGUUAUGGUGGGGAUUCCUAAUGACAUGCUUUAUACACUUGCUAAUAGUGUUCAAGCUGCUGAAAAAUGGGUUUCCAAGAAUGUUUCUGCUCAUGUUUCUUCUGGAGGUGUUGACAUCAGGUAUGUUGCGGUGGGGAAUGAACCAUUUCUGUCAACAUACAAUGGCACUUUUGAAGCCACUACACUCCCAGCUUUGCAAAACAUCCAGGCAGCUCUUACAAAAGCCGGUUUGAGUACUCGAGUCAAAGUUACCGUCCCAUUAAACGCGGAUGUGUAUGAAAGCUCAACAAAUAACCCAUCCGACGGUGAUUUCAGGUCGAAUAUCAACAACCUCAUGCUGCAGAUAGUCAAGUUCUUGAGUGACAACGGAGCUCCUUUUACCGUUAACAUCUAUCCUUUUAUCAGUCUCUACUUGGAUCCCAGCUUCCCCGUCGAUUAUGCUUUUUUCAAUGGCUUUCAAUCUGCUAUAAAUGACAAUGGAAAGAUCUACGACAACGUGUUUGAUGCUAACCAUGAUACACUAGUAUGGGCACUGCAGAAACACGGUUUCGGAAACUUGCCUAUAAUUGUUGGGGAAAUUGGGUGGCCAACCGAUGGAGACAGAAAUGCAAAUCUUCAAAGUGCACAACGCUUUAACCAAGGUUUUAUGUCGAGGUAUGUUUCCGGUAAGGGAACACCAAUGAGGCCUAAUCCUAUAGAUGCCUACUUGUUUAGCUUCAUAGAUGAAGAUAAUAAGAGCAUUCAGCCCGGGAACUUCGAACGCCAUUGGGGGUUGUUUUACUUAGACGGACAGCCCAAGUACCAACUCAAUCUCGGAACAGGCCGGGCGAAUGGAUUGGUGGCAGCUAGCGGCGUCGAACAUUUGGAAAAAAAGUGGUGUGUGUUGAAACCAUCAGCAAACCUUAAUAGUGAUCAAUUGGCACCAAGUGUGUCAUAUGCCUGUCAAAAUGCUGAUUGUACAAGUCUUGGGUAUGGAACAUCAUGUGGUAAUUUGGAUGUGAAAGGAAACAUCUCUUAUGCAUUUAACAGCUAUUACCAAGUGAAUGACCAGAUGGAUAGUGCAUGCAAAUUUCCUGGACUUUCCAUGGUCACUGAUAAAGAUCCUUCAUUUGGAACUUGCAAAUUUAGAAUCAUGAUCCAGACAGAUUCUGCUGAGCUAAAUGCUAUGGUUGGGUCUACAACAACAGUACUCCUUGCUUUGGUUGUUUUACUGUUGUGUAAUGUUUCAUUUUGA